UCUGUCACUACGUGGUGUCACGGCGCGUGUCGCCCCCGCAACCUUUCACCUACUUCCCGCCGGUCGCUCUGGAUCGGCGUCAUAUUAUCGGGUGGACAGAAUAUUAAAGGUAACCUCUGAUGUUUGAUGUUGCUGACUGCUUGGGAAGACCUCAGAUAGGCCAACCAGACACAUUUGAAAGCCUACCUCCAGAGGAGCCACAAUGUCCCUGAGCACACUGGCCCGGUACGGCCUGACAGGACGGGGGCUGCUGGGGGCCGCCGCCGCCGCCCGGCCCCUUGGGGCCCCCGCCCGGCCCCUGGGGGCCCCCCCCGCCCGGCCCCUGGGGGCCCCCCCCGCCCGGCCCCUUGGCUCACUGAGCUGCCGCAGAAGGCCGGGGCAGUGGCCCGCCCGGACCGGGCCGCGCCCCACCGCGCUGCCGUCCCGCGGGCACCAGACGGCCCGGGCCGCCCCCCUCCCCGGGGCGAGCUGCCAGGUGUCGGCGCUGGGCGCCCGGGACGAGGAGAGGCUGCUGGAGGUGGUGUGGGGGGACGGCGAGCGCAGCCUCUACCCCUACACCUGGCUCAGAGACAACUGCCAGUGUCCGGCCUGCACCCUGCAGUCGGCCCGGGCCCGCAGCCUGCUGUUCUCCCAGCUGGACGUCCACACCGGGCUGCAGGAGGUGCGGCUCGCUGGAGACAACCAGGUGUCCAUUUUGUGGCCCGACCACCACGUCAGUCGCUUUGAGCUGCAGUGGUUGCGGAGACGCUGCUUCUCUCCGGCUGCCAGGCAGGCGAUGCAAGAAGAGCUCUUCAUCAACGAGCGGAGCCACUGGGACUCGGAGCUCCUGAUCCCCAGCGCCAGCUUUGAGGAGGUCCUGACGGACGAUAAGGCGGCCCUGGACUGGCUGCUGGCGCUUCGGCGCGUGGGCGUGGUCUACCUGCGGGGGGCGCCGUCGGAAAGAGGCCAGGUGGCCCGACUGAGCGAGCGGAUUGGAUUUCUGAGGCUGACGUUCUACGGCCCAACUUGGCAGGUCCAGGACAAGGCGAUGGCGGUCAAUGUAGCCUACACAGCGGGUGACCUCAGCCUCCACACAGACUACCCUGCGCUGCACCAUCCGCCUGGAGUCCAGUUCCUGCACUGCAUCCAGCAGGCGGAGCUGGGGGGCGAGAGCCAGGUGGUGGACGGCUUCCACAUGGCCGAGGUCCUGCGGAGAGAAGACCCGCAGGCCUUCCGGACCCUCAGCUCACUCAGGGUGGACUUCUCUGACAUGGGAGAGGACUACUGCGACUUCAGGGUGCAUUCCAAGAACCACAUCAUCGACGUGGACUGUGAGGGUCAGGUCUCCAGGAUCAACUACAACAACGCCACCAGAGACUCGGUGCUGGACCUGCCCCUGGAACAGGUCCAGGAGUUCUACAGAGCGCUGAAGGCCUAUGUGGACAUCAUGAACCGCCCAACCAACGUGGUGACAUACCGCAUGGAGCCAGGCGACAUCGUGACCUUUGACAACUGGCGGCUGCUCCACGGGCGUCAGAGCUACACCAGCUCCAGCGAGAAGCGGCGCCACCUGGAGGGGGCGUACCUGGACUGGGACGAGGUCAUGUCCCGCCUUCGGAUCCUCCGCCAUGCCGUCGGCCGCGAGGACCGGCACUGAGCCUCCAGCCUCCAGCUAGCAGAGCCUCCAGCCUCCAGCUAGCAGAGCCUCCAGCUAGCAGAGCCUCCAGCUAGCAGAGCCUCCAGCCUCCAGCUAGCAGAGCCUCCAGCCUCCAGCUAGCAGAGCCUCCAGCCUCCAGCUAGCAGAGCCUCCAGCCUCCAGCUAGCAGAGCCUCCAGCCUCCAGCUAGCAGAGCCUCCGGCCUCCAGCUAGCAGAGCAUCCAGCUGAAAGAAGCAUCGAACUAGCAGAGCAUGGAGCUAGCAUAGCCUCGAGUUAGCAGAGCAUUGCGCUAGCAGAGCUAGGAGAUCGACCGGACACCUGAGGUAAACAUCACAAUCACAAAUAACGCCACAGGACCAUGCUGAAUACCAAGUGAAUACCAAACGAAUACCACAGGAAUACCCCAUUAAGACCUAAUGAAUACCAUACAUACCAUGUGUAUGGAGUAAAACCUGCCUUAGAUUUAUAAAGUAACAAUUGUAUCUUAUCUAAAUAAAUUUAGAAACUACAAAAAGGUAAAUUUUUGUCAGGGGAAAGGCCAGAAAGGCAACCAGCAACACAGAUCUAUAUUUUUUCAUUCUAAGUUUUAGAUUUAAGAGGUGUGGCAAUAUAGUUUGAGUGGUGAUUUUUCUAAAUUUAAAUUAUUUUUCUAGGUGUUCACACCCCAUGGCAAGUGUAUUUUAAAUGCCUUGUAUAUUUUCUAAUGAAGUUAAAAAAAGUAUUUAAGUGUUAAGAUUUUGACUCAAAAGUUACAAUUUCUUGGUAGAUAAAUGAAGAGAUGAAUACAAAAGUAAUACAAUGUAAAGUGAACUUUCAUUUAUUAACAAUGGCGUCAAGUAUGUAUGUAUGAUGAGAUGCAUGUAAAACAAUAAAACAUCCCAUUUGGAAUGAGACGAUG